UGUGUGUGUGUGUGUGCGUGCGUGUGUGUGUGUACUUUGUGUGUGUACUUUGUGUGUCUGCGUUAAUGUGUGCGUGUGUUCUUUUUUAUAAUUGUGGACUUUGACCUUGAAAAAAUAUAUUUGGAUAUAAAAAAUCUUUAUUGUCACAAAACCUCUUUUUUUCUCUUUUCUUUUCUUUUUUCUCUCCUUUUACUAAAUUGGGAUUUUAUUAUUAUUAUUUCUCUCUUUUUACAUGUUCUUUAUAAAAUAGAUAUAUCAACAUACACCCCUGACAGCAACAACUACAAAUAAUAAAAUUUAUUAGAGAUGACACUCACGAAUGCCAACAUGACUCCACCUUCGACAUUAUUUUCAUUGAUUGUACGUCAACAGCCUUGUAAAGCCAGACUAUGUAGCUUUAAAGAAAAAGUGGAUAGACGACCUAUCGAUCCUCCACCUAUUAUCCAGUUACAGAGCAACCACACAGAUCAUGAUUUUUUACAAAACCCAUAUUUUUUCCUCUACGCCACACUGACGGAUACCAGUGGCGAAACGGAUUUACAUUUCGUCCAUGGUAAUAGAACCACAGCUGGAACUGUCGUACAAUCACUACAUAAACUUAAAGAUGUUGACAAUACAGAUGGUGGCUUCUUUAUUUUCUCGGAUAUCAGUAUCCGAUUAGAAGGAUUUUAUAGAUUGAAAUUUACCUUGUACGAGAUUGACGGCCCCUUUGUAAAGCGAAUGUGCUCCAUCGUUUCCAAUGUCUUUCAAGUGUACUCCCCCAAGAGCUUUCCCGGCAUGUCUGAAUCGACAUUUCUAACGAGAUCGUUCAGUGAUCAGGGUGUUCGAAUAAGAAUCCGAAAAGAACCCAGAAGUUCCCUAUCGACAAGCAGUAAUCACAAAAAGCGACGAAAAGACAAGGUGUCCGACGAGGAAGAAGAGGAAGAGGAAGAGGAAGAAGUGAGCCCAAUGUCCAGCGCACAUCAUUCGUGUUCACCUCUGCCCGAAAGAAAGGAGACAUUUUCUCCCAUGUCAAUGCAGAAUAUUUUGUCCAAUGAUAAUGAUUCAGAAACAAGGUUAUUCUCCACAAGGAAAUUACCACUGCCGUUACCAUCGCAACCGUUGCCACCACCACCACAACAUAAUACCCAUCACCACCACCCCCAUCCUCAUUCUUGGAUUUCACAGCCACCCAUCUAAACCCCCAUUUUCCCCCUUCUCCCGCCACGUAUUUCCCCCCUCCCCCCAUCCACCCAAUCAAAUCGUGAUGACGUUCCAAGAAACUUAUCCAAUCAAAUUUAUUAAAAAAAAUCCCCCACUUUUGUUUUCUUUUUUUUUUUUUUUUUUUUUUUUUUCAAUACUUUCUUUAUAUAUAUUUUUU